AUGGAUGGUAAUAUGGAAGAUAAUGGAACCACUGUGACUGAGUUUGUACUCAUGGGCUUCCCCAGACAACUCCACAUGCGCACUGUAUUCUUUGUCUUCUUCUUAGCAAUGUAUGCCGUCACCAUAGCUGGGAAUGGUCUCAUUGUAUUGUUAAUUGUGGUGGAUUCUCAUCUCCACACACCCAUGUAUUUCUUCCUUAGCAACCUCUCCUUCAUUGAUGUCUGCUAUGUCACUACCACUGUCCCACAGAUUCUGGCCCUUGGCUUCAAAGAAAAGCCCACUAUACCUCUGGGCAGGUGUUUUGCACAAAUGAGCAUCAGCCUUUUUUUGGGAAUGGCGGAGUGCCUCUUAUUAGCUGUCAUGGCUUAUGACCGCUUUGUGGCAAUAUGUAGCCCACUACACUAUAACUUAAUCAUGAGCCAGAAGGUGUGCAUCAUGCUGGCAGUCAGCCUGUGGCUCAGCUCUUUCCUCUUGACCAUUGUACCCUUUUUUAGCAUGCCAGCCCGCUUGUGUGGCCACAAUGUGGUGAAUCAUUUUUCAUGUGAGCUCCAAGCAGUGUUGAAAUUGGCUUGCUCUGACACUCAUGCCAAUGGGCUUAUCAUGUUGAUAACGAGUGUCUUCACACUUCUGUUCCCCUUUGCCUUCAUCCUGCUGACCUAUGGGCGCAUUGGUCUAGCUGUCCUGCGCAUCCGUUCGGUUGAAGGCCGAAGCAAAGCUUUAUCUACUUGUGGCUCUCAUUUGGCUGUCGUGGGCAUCUUCUAUGGCACCGCCAUGGCUGCAUACCUGAGGCCUCAGACCAAGACUUUCACAGACAGGGAAAAAGUAGUGUCUAUCUUUUAUGGGGUUGUGACCCCAAUGCUCAACCCCUUGAUAUACAGCCUGAGGAACAGGGAUGUGAAGGGAGCCUUUUGGAGGCUGAUUGGGAGGGAAACAGAGAAGUAA